GAUCGAUUCGAAGUGAUUGUUGUUGGGGCCGGACCAGCGGGCCUAAUUCUGACCUUCUCACUUGCGCGGUAUGGCCUCACAGCUGAGUCUGUGCUGUGCAUCGACGCGAAAGCAACCCGCGUGCAGAAUGGUCAUGCGGACGGGCUCCAGCCCCGGACGCUGGAGGUACUUCGGUCACUUGGCCUGGCGGGCCCAAUGCUUGACGAUGGCCGCCAUCUAUCGGAAUUUGCAAUCUGGGAACUGUCUGCGGUAGACGACACCAUCCAGCGGUCGUCUCUCGCGCGGACGACGACGCCAUCAUCGCGCUACCCCCACGUAGUCACCAUUCACCAGGGUAAGGUGGAGCAGAUCCUUGAGGCAGGGCUGCUUCAGUACUCUGCGACCGGCAUACAGCGUCGAAGCAGGCUCGUGGACGUGCAUAACGACUCCGCCGGUAAUUCUGAGUUUCCGGUGGUAGCCAAGGUGGAUUGCGACGGCGUCGUAAGGACCAUUCGGACCAGGUAUCUGGUGGGAGCGGACGGUGCGCAUUCCGCAGUGCGGCGAGCCGUGGGUCUGGAGCUGGAAGGUAAUGGUCCGGACGAGGUCUGGGGCGCAUUGGACCUUGUGGUGGACACGAAUUUCCCGGAUAUCCGGAGACGCAGCUUGAUCCGAUCCAGGCACGGUACGGUGUUUGUGAUUCCGAGGGAGCGGAAUGCAAGUGGGCAAUAUUUGACUCGUCUGUAUGUGCGCAUGCCUUGCGAGUCUGAAUGCGAACUGUCAUUGCGAGGCCGCACGAACUCGAACGCCAUCCUUGAACAGGCCCGUCGUGGUUUAGGCUCCUUUUACCUGGACUCAAAAGGGGAGAUCGAAUGGUGGUCUUGCUAUCAGACUAGCCAGCGCAUCCUAAAGCAGUAUAUUGUGUCAGACGCCGAUGAUACCGGGAGGAUAUUUCUCGUGGGAGACGCUUGUCAUACCCACAGCCCAAUGGCCGGCCAAGGAAUGAAUGUAUCCAUGAUGGAUGCCUACAAUUUGGGAUGGAAGCUGGCCUAUUCCAUCAUGGGACUGACUUCAGUCCCCCUUGACUCAUUCCAGAGCGAUGCGAUACUAAAGACUUAUCAUUCCGAGCGGUUCCCCGUCGCUCAGCAGUUGAUUGAAUUCGAUAGGGAAUACGCAGCCAAGUCUGCCGCUGCGAAGGAUAUGUCCUCGUGCGAAGAUAGAUCAACUGCUAGAGUGAAUGACAUCAUGGGCUGUCGUCACAUGGUGAACGGGUUCUCCAGCGGAUGCGGCAUUCAAUACGCAGAAAGCAUCCUCACGAGAAACACAGAGCAGACGGCCUCCUUGUCGAGGCCUAGUCUACUGGCCCUCGCGCCCGGGACAAGACUACCGAAUGUCCGACUAAAAAGGUACGCGGAUGGAGAAUAUUGUAAUCUACACGAUGAGAUUUUUUCCAAUGGCCGCUUUCGGGUCCUGUGUCUAGCUUCAUCAGACUUUCUGAGCUCUGAUGGCGUAUCUGCGCGAGCCCUGCACUGGAUUGGUGAGGCGCUGCUUCCUCAAUUCCCCAAGGAUGUGGUCGAACAAUUCGUUAUAUAUCCGCCCAAUCGGUGUCCCCGGAAUUGGAGUGAUCUUCCAACGUCGCUUAAACGCCACUCGGAAAUGAGGCUGUAUGACGGCUUGGCUGUGCAGGAUGCAUAUGAGCUUUUUGAAGUAGAUGUUCAUCAGGGUGCAUUGAUCGUCCUACGGCCAGAUGGUUAUAUCGGCAUGAUUGCGUCUCUUGAAAGGCAUGGUCUGCUGCAAGACUAUUUCACAUCUUGUCUGAGACGUAGAUGUGAGCAAGGAUGUUGA